AUGAAGCUAGAACUAUCACAAUUUUCCUUACCAAAAAAUAAUAUUCCAUAUAAAUUCUGGAAUUCGGUUGAUCCUUAUUGUACACCCGUUACAUUAGAUGACAUAAAAUUUUUAGAAUCCUUACGUGCUCAAAGUAGCAACACUACAUUACCGCCCAUCCCACCUCUUGGAAGGCAUUAUUCUGAUGUAUGGGCGGAUGAACAUUUAACGGAAGAUCAAAAUGCUGGCAAUCCUAAUAAGCUUUUAAAGUCAUCUGGUAUGUCACCAGAGGCAACAAGUUUACGAAAAAAAUUAGAAAAAAGUAGUGAGAACAUGAUUACAGGUCCUUUAACUCAGAGAUUAGUAUCUGCUUUGAUGGAGGAAAAUGUCAUGGCCUAUGACAUACCUGAUAUAAAAGUUAAGCAACCAUCAAAUGUUAAAAGUAGUUAUAAAAAUUCACUUACCUUAGAGAAGUGCCUAAGAAAAGAGUUGGUUGAACAAGGCAUAUUAGAUCCUGAAGACUUACCACCAUUAACUAAUCCAGCAGAUGAUGAUAUUUUAGCAGAGAUAAAAAAAUGUCAAACUGAAUUAACUGCUGUAAGAAAAGAUAACUGUCGAAAUCUCAAAAACCUGAUUGGAUUGUGUAAACAAGAAAUGAUUAGAUUGAAUUUAAAAAAGCAACUUGAUCAAGUGGAUAUGGAGUGUAUUGACAUAUAUAAGAAGAUGGUAGCAGCUAAACAGAAGAAACGCCCAAUUACUAAGAAAGAAAAAGAAGAUGCAUGGAGGGCCAUAAAUGAACAAAUAAGACUCAAUAAAGAGAUCAAUGCUUUGCCAUUAACAGGACCAAAUACAAGUUAA